AAUCUAGACUUGUUAGCGAAUAUACGGUUAUUUGUAAUGAGAGGUGCGGAUGGCCAGACAUUGUCUGUCGAGCAACUUUGCCUAGUAACUGCUGGAAUCGAGAGAUUUAAAAAAAAAAAAAAUCUAAACAGCAGACUCGGUGAAGCCUAGUUAAGGGAGUCGAACUUGGCUGUUGAUAUAUUUCACCCGUAGGGGACAAAAAAGUCUGCACUAAAAUAGCCUUAAAUCUAUAUCCAUGAUUUUAAUUCUUUUUUUCACCCUACACAUGCUCAGGGAUUAAACAGUGUCUUGGCUUUUAACUGCAGUAGAACGCAGGUAAAAUGCCAUGUAGAAAAGGCUGUGCUAAUUUUUCAAUAAACAGGAAGUUAAAAAGCAUUUUAUUACUGUAAAAAAACUGUUGAAGGCCUGAAUGUUGAAAUGACUUUGCUAAGUGUGAGGACAGGUUAUUUAUUUGUAAGUGAAUUAAAACGAAUUACAGUAUUUGGGAUGUAUGUGUGUGAUUCUAAUGCAUCACAGAGAUUCCUUUCCCUGGAUCUCAGAAAAUGCAUUCGACCUCCAAUCAUGAAUGGGCCCAUGCACCCACGCCCUUUGGUAGCUUUGCUGGAUGGCAGGGAUUGUACAGUAGAAAUGCCUAUUCUGAAGGAUGUAGCCACAGUGGCAUUUUGUGAUGCUCAGUCCACACAAGAAAUUCAUGAAAAGGUACUAAAUGAAGCAGUGGGUGCACUGAUGUAUCACACUAUCACUUUAACACGAGAAGACCUGGAGAAAUUCAAAGCACUUCGAAUAAUUGUCCGAAUUGGCAGUGGUUUUGAUAACAUUGACAUCAAAUCUGCUGGGGAUUUAGGAAUUGCAGUAUGUAAUGUGCCAGCUGCAUCAGUAGAAGAGACAGCAGAUUCUACAAUGUGCCACAUCCUGAACCUUUACAGGCGAACCACCUGGCUUCACCAGGCCUUGCGAGAAGGCACAAGAGUACAGAGUGUUGAGCAGAUUCGGGAAGUUGCUUCUGGAGCUGCCAGGAUUAGAGGGGAAACCUUGGGCAUUAUUGGAUUAGGACGUGUUGGGCAAGCAGUAGCACUACGUGCAAAGGCCUUUGGCUUUAGUGUUCUUUUUUAUGACCCAUACCUCUCAGAUGGCAUUGAACGUGCUCUUGGACUGCAGCGGGUGAGCACUUUACAAGACCUGCUAUUUCACAGUGACUGUGUAACCCUGCACUGCAACUUGAAUGAACACAAUCAUCAUCUUAUUAAUGACUUCACCAUUAAACAGAUGAGACAAGGGGCUUUCCUGGUCAACACAGCUCGAGGUGGGUUAGUAGACGAAAAAGCACUUGCACAGGCCCUGAAGGAAGGAAGGAUACGAGGGGCAGCCUUAGAUGUACAUGAGUCAGAACCAUUCAGCUUUAGUCAGGGUCCAUUGAAGGAUGCACCAAACCUGAUCUGUACCCCACAUGCAGCCUGGUACAGUGAACAAGCUUCAAUUGAGAUGCGGGAGGAAGCAGCACGAGAGAUCCGUAGGGCUAUCACAGGUCGUAUUCCAGACAGCCUGAAAAACUGUGUUAACAAAGAUCAUUUGACUGCAGCUACACCCUGGGCCAGCAUGGAUCCAGGAGUUGUUCAUCCAGAGCUUAAUGGUGCUGCAUACAGCAGGUAUCCCCCAGGUGUUGUAAGCGUGGCUCCAGCUGGCAUACCUACGGCAGUAGAAGGAAUAGUUCCCAACCCCAUGUCUUUAUCACACGGCCUUCCUGCUGUGGCCCAUCCACCACAUGCUCCUUCCCCCGGCCAAACAGUCAAACCAGAAGCUGAUAGAGACCACCCAAGUGACCAAUUGUAGCCUAAGAAAACAGCAUUCCCAACAUUGGAGAUUUCAACUUCAGAGAGUGUGUGGAAAAAAUCUGGAUUUUGAAUAAAGGCAAAACCAUGAACUUACAGGAGGAGACAAUAAUUGUUUUAGAAACUGGUCCAAUAUACAGUAUACAAGGAAAAGGUGGGAGACAAAAAGAAGAUUCGGAAACGUUUUUUCCUCCGUAUAAAUUGUAGUUUGUCCCUGUCCAGUGGACUGAUUCACUGUUUCUGUGUCCUAUGGGUUCUUUGUUAAGCAAGAGAAGUUAGUAGUUAAUUAUAUCAUGAAUGUACUUGUCUGUGUACAGUUUUUAGAACAUUAAAAAGGGUUUGUUUUGCUUAGCUGUCAACAAGGAAAAAACACAUAAGGGAGGCAUUCAACAAACCAAUUUUGAGAUUAAAAUCCUUUCUUUUAUAUGUUAAAACAUGCCCAAAAAUGAGGCAGUUGGCAAACUUCUCAGGACAAUGAAUUUUUCCCAUUUUUCUUUCUACGCCACACAGUGCAUUGUUUUUUCUACCUGCUUGUCUUAUUUUUUAGAAUGAUUUAGUAAACAAAAGAAAAAACAGUUUCUCCUUAUUUUGGCAUGAAUUCCCUUAUUUCAAAAUGAAGACAACAUUGCAAAGAGAUUUUGAGGAAAAAAAAGGUUUUGUAUAAACAAGCAUUGUGCUUUUUGUCACCAGUUAAAGUAUAUAUUAUUGGUGGUUUGCAAAAAAGGCACUAGACUACUGAAAAGUAGCAGCAUUUCAUUGCCUACAUUGAUUCCUUCCUGGUAAUGUGGUAGGCUAGCAAUAUUUUUGGUUAAAAUCAUGUUUGUGACUGUAACCAUUUGUAUGAAUUAUUUUAAAGAAAUAAAAAUCCCAGACAAAUA